AUCUUACAAAAGAUAAGCUUGAAAAUGAAUUACCAGAGAAAUUGACAAGAAGGAUGAUACUUAGUCAGGUAUCAAGCAUUUACGAUCCAUUGGGGUUAAUUGCUCCUUUCACGCUAAAGGCUAAGCUCUUGAUGAGGGAGCUUGUAUUAGACCUUGGUAACUGUGACAAGAAACUUGGUUGGGAUUAUGCUGUUAGCUCUCAUAUGAAUAAUGAAUGAAAGAUGCUCUUUCGAGAGAUGUUUGAGGUUUGUUCGUUGUCUCAAGCCUCACAAUUCAAAGGGUAACCCACAUUUGAUCAUAUUUGCUGAUGGAAGUUCAAAGGCUUAUGGGGCUGUGGCCUAUAUGAGAUGAGGAUUAUCAGACGACUCCUUUAUCAGUCAUUUAAUUGCAUCUAAAUGUAAGCUAGCUCCCAUUCGUCAGAUGACGAUCCCCAGGAUUGAAUUAUGCAGUGCUGUGCUUGCGUGUCGUCUCAGAGCUUUCAUUGUACAGGAAAUGGACUUCAACUUUGAUUCUGUCACUCACCUCAUUGACUCAGAAAUAGUAAGAUCUCAGAUUCAAAAGGAAUCUUUCAGAUUUAACACAUUUGUAGCUAAUCGUGUUUCUGAAAUUCAAGAAAAAACUGAUCCAAGUGAGUGGUACUGGAUACCUUCAGAAUUAAAUAUAGCUGAUUUACUUACACGCGGAUGUAGACCAGAGCUUCUAAAUCAGAGUUCUUUGUGGCAGUCUGGCCCUGAAUUUCUUGCAUUACCCAGAACAGAUUGGCCAAUUAAACAAAAGUAUUUAAUUGAUUUACCUGAUGUUCUUUAUUUAAAGGGAGGAAGGAUUUCCCUUGCAACAGCAAAUAAUGAUUUAGUUGUUGAUAUAAAGAGAUACAGUAAUUAUGAUAAAUUCAUAAAUGUUACAGCCAGAGUCCUAAAGGUGUUCCAUGGAAGAUCCCUGUUAUAUAUAGGCAAAGAACCUGAUGUUGGAGAUCUACACAGGGCUGAAAUUUAUUGGGUAAGAAAGGUGCAAGAAAGAAUUGAUAAAAAUUGGAAGAUAAGAUAUCAAAGACUAGGCCCUAAGCUGAAUGGUGAAGGGAUAAUUACAGUGGGUGCAAAAGUAAGUAAUUGGUUGAAAACAAAUUGGAACAGAGAUGAUUAUAUGUUAUUGAUGCCGGAUCACCCUUUCACUAAAUUGAUUAUCAAACACUUACAUGAACGUGAUCAUUCUGGAAUAGAAUCCACUUUAGUCAAGCUUCAAACAAAAUUCUGGGUACCGGGUGCUAGACGAAUAAUAAAGCAUAUUUAGGCUAAAUGUUUGAUGUGUAGGAGAAUCAACAAAAUUUGUGAAAGCCAGUGUAUGGGCCAACUUCCAAAUGAGAGACUAAACCCAGCACCUCCAUUUUACUUUACUUCCCUUGAUUUGUUUGGUCCUUAUUUGGUCAAAGAUGCAGUGAAGUAGGGCUGUCCAUAUUGAUAUUGCAGAAGGAUAUAGUACAGAUAACUUUUUGAAUGUCUUUAGAAGAUUCAUUAGUAUCAGAGGAUUUCCCAAAAUGGUAUAUUCUGAUCGAGGCUCCCAGUUGGUUAAGGCAAAUAAAGAAUUAACUCAGGCUGUAGGAAAUCUGAAUUUUGACAAGAUUAUGAAAUUUGGUAGGAAAGAAGGCAUGACUUGGAAAUUUACUAAAGGCGCAGAUGCUCCUUGGCAAAAUGGGUGUACUGAAUCAUUGAUACGAUUGGUGAAGAGAGGAAUCAGUAUUUCAAUUGGAAAUAAGGUUUUAUCAUAUGCUGACCUGCAGACUGUUAUGUUUGAAAUAGCUAACUUGAUUAACCAGAGACCUAUUGGUAUUAAACCAGGCUCUGAUUUAGAUUUGGGAUCUUAUUUGUCCCAAUGAUUUAUUGCUCGGUCGUGCUAGUCCUAUUGUACCCAGAGGUGUAUUUGAGGAUAAUUGUAGUUGAAGAAAGAGUUUUAGAUUUGUCAAUGAAAUAAUUAAUACUUUUUGGAAAAAAAUGGAUAAGGGAUUUCUUUCCUACUCUUUUAGUCAGAACUAAAUGGCAUGUGGAAAAACGGAAUGUCAAGCCUGGAGAUAUAGUGCUUGUUAAGGACAAAAAUGCAUUAAAGGGAAAUUGGAAGCUAGCACAAGUGAUAUUUACAUCCCCAGGUUUUGAUGGUAAAGUAAGGAAUGUUACUUUAAGAUAUAAACUUUCUAUACCAGGUACCAAGUAUAAUGGACAAAGAGAUAUUUUGAUAGACAGAUCUGUACAUAACAUUGUUGUAAUUCUUCCAAUUGAAGAACAGUGAGUCCCUGGUGGUGGGAGUGUAUCGUGAAUUUUAUUCAAGAUAUUUCUAUGUUGUAUGUUCACAUUAUUCUGCAUACUGUAUAUUAUCAUUUUGUAUUGAUUUCCUCUCUAUUUAGAUGUCAUAUUAUGUAUCCAUAAUGUUAUAUAUAUGUGUGAUUAAAUUUGAUUAUUUUAUUUUAUGCUUUACUCUUUGUAGGAUGUGUUUUGGUAAUUUUUAUACGCUGCGCUUGUCAUUCGGCAUUUUUUUUUUUUUUUUUUUACACAUUUUUGGAGAAGACGCAUGACCGCGCCACAUGACUGAGGAGUAACAAGGAAUGGAUUUGUGUUGGUCUGAUUUCCUUUUGAAGCUAUUGACACUACCUGAUACUGACCAUAACAGCAUCUUUCUGUUAUUGUGCUGAUUUCUAUUGACUGAACAUGUUUGCCCUGCGUGUCAACAUAUGGUUUGUUGAAUUCUAGCUGAAGAGAUGGGAGGUCUCAUUGUUGUAAGUAAAUAAUAUGUGCUGUUUCUCUUCUAUUUAUUAUUUUUGUUAUAUUAUUCUAAAUUUUGAUUACUGUGAUAUGUUGAUUGUGUAACUUUGGUUCUCAUUUAUAGAUGAAUGCAUAUUGUAUUGUGGACAUUAUUCUAGUGGAGGAAAUGUUUGUUUUGUUUCUUGAGCAAAAGGAAUAUUCAAAUAGUCAAAUGGAAAUGCUUUGAUUUGAAAUAUCUGUUUAUUACAUUUGAACCAAUGAGUUAACUACUUUGUUUGAGAUUGAUUUACUGCAUUAGUGUUUUGAAUUACUUUGAUAUUUUAUUUGUAUUUGCAGGUUGGAUCAUAAAUAAAGUACUGUGCAUGCAAUACAUCUGUCUCCAUUGUCCCAUCUCCUAGAAUAAAUCACAAAACAAUAUAUAUAUAUAUACAUACAUACAUAUAUAUAUAUA